CUUGGAUAUUUCUCCUGGAAGUCUCACUCCAUUGGAAGUACUAGAGACAAGCAUGUGGGGACACACGUUCGCGGUCCUUGCGUACAUCUCAUUGGCAUCGUCCUUGGUCAUAAUUCUCCAAAGUGUCUACGCUUUCUACCUCUCUAACGUACUCGCUCGUCAUAAGGACUCUGAGAUCAUGCAUGAUCCUGGGGUCGCCAUUCCUCGGAACGGCUUUCACAUUUCUACACAUAUCGAUGCGCUGGGAGGGCCCGCCAUCUUUGCGUAUAACGUUGCUCGAACACUCUCCGUCUUUGCUCUACUUGGUCUAUCGGUCGCAGGAUUGCUCUCUGACCAGGUAAAAUCCCAGGAGGACCGACUGCUUUACCUAGCAUUGUGCCUCGUCUACGCCUAUGCCUCCGCUCUAGCUUUCUGCACCAUUACCACACGGCGCAAAUUGGCCGCCAUCACAGAAGAGCACCUCAUGGUUGUGCUUAUCUCCGCAUUCGUUGUUUUCGCGUAUAGAGAUGUUUGGCCUCUAAUGACCUUUACUCAAACGCCGGAAGACGGGGGCAUGGGGAGCCUGUUGUGGACUCAAGUGGUCUUGCUUGGAUUCGCGGCUGUGUUUGUUCCUCUCACGAUCCCCAAAGCAUACAUCCCACUUAACCCGAAGGACCCACACCAGAACCCUAACUCAGAGCAAACAGCGUCUCUAUUCUCUCUGUGGACCUAUGGCUUUCUCGACCAUAUCGUGGCCCUCGCAUAUCGAGUUCCUCAGAUCUCGCGAGACCAAUUACCCCCACUAGCCGACUACGAUCAUGCAAAAAUUCUCGUGGCGAAGAGUUUCCCGCGCAUUGAUCCCUUCAGUGGAGCGAAGAGCAAAAGGCAUCUGUUUUGGGGUUUGCUUGCAACAUUUCGGCGAGAAUACUCGGUAAUGGCGGUAGUUCUACUUCUAAGGAUCGCAUGCAACAUCAUGAGCCCGAUUGGUAUCAACCAGUUGCUCAAAUACAUUGAGAAUAACGGUGAAGGCGCGACUGUCCGUCCUUGGGUAUGGAUAGCUGCGUUGUUCUUUGCUCCCAUGAUUGGCAGUUUGGCGGCACAUCGCUACCAAUUCCUUUCUGGCGCAGUGCAAGUGCGAAUCGAAUGCAUCAUCACGCAGCUCGUAUUUGAGCACUCUCUUCGGAUCCGAAUGAAAGCGAGUAUAUCCCCUGAUGUCGAGGAUGAGACGUCACAGUCCGAUACCGCUAGUAGUCUCACAAAGACCGCUGUGGAUUCAAGCGAGGGCGGCACUGGUCCUAUGGAGAACGAUGAGAUGAGUCACGCAUCUGGUUCAUCCGUCGAGGGAGAGGGGGCGACUCUACUGGCUCAGAGCCAGUCCGAUCAGGAUUCAAACAAAGUCCCCCGAAAGGCUGCGGAGAUAUCUGCAACCGAGGUGGAGAAGAAAACUGCAGAGACGAGCUCGAAAGCUAGUAAUAUGAUUGGAAAUAUCAAUAACUUGGCUUCGACGGAUUUGGACAACAUCACCAAUGGGAGAGGGUUUUUGUAUGUCCCGAUCUACUUGCCCAUCCAGACAGCUAUCAGCAUCUGGUUUCUGUACAGUAUCCUUGGGUGGAGUGCAUUUGUGUCGAUGGCCACUUUGGUACUGUUGUACCCCAUCCCGAUAUACGUCGCCAAGUCGAUUCACAAAGCACAACUCGAAAAGAUGAAAAUGUCUGAUGAAAGAGUUCAGACCGUGACUGAAACACUCGGCGUCCUCAGGAUGAUUAAGCUAUUCGGAUGGGAACCUAAGAUCAGCGAACGUAUCGCGACGAAACGCGACAAAGAGCUCGGCUGGAUUAUAAGGGGUCAGAUGUUCGGUCUUGCCAAUGCCAACCUCAACUAUAUCAUUCCAGCUCUCGCCAUGGUCUCCACCUUCAUUGUCCAUACGACAGUCAUGGGCAAGGAAUUGACCGCUUCUGCGGUCUUCUCAUCUAUCGCAGCCUUCGAUAUCCUUAAGAUGCAGUUGUACAUGGUCUUCUGGCUACUACCUCAAUUCAUCCAAGCUAAAGUCUCUCUGGAUCGUAUCGGCGAAUUCCUCCAGGAGACCGAGCUCUUAGAUGAAUAUCAAAAUACGAUCCACGAAGAUCAACAGCUUAGGUCCUGCACGCCAAAUGAAUUUCCGGCCCCCGAUCAAGAUGUAAUUGGAUUCCGAGAUGCAAGCUUUGUCUGGUCUCGCGAUUCUCUCGAUGAUAAAGUUGGUCAGCGGAACUUCACGCUCCGUGUGGAGGGUGAGGUCGUCUUCAAACGUGGGAGUCUCAACCUAAUCGUCGGACCGACUGGCUCAGGAAAAACGUCACUAUUGAUGGCUUUAUUGAGUGAGAUGCACUUCAUUCCGCUCGCCAAUGAUUCCUGGUAUCAUCUCCCUCGUACCGGUGGUGUGUCCUACGCCGCUCAGGAGUCUUGGGUACAGAAUGAGACAAUUCGAGACAAUAUAUUGUUCGGAACUCCAUACAACGAAGAUAGGUACAAGCAAGUGAUUUCCCAAUGCGGGUUGGAGCGAGAUCUUGGCUUAUUCGAUGCCGGUGACCUCACUGAGGUUGGUGAGAAGGGCUUGACCUUGAGCGGUGGUCAAAAAGCUCGCGUUACGCUUGCCAGAGCUAUAUAUUCCUCCGCAGAGAUUAUUCUGUUGGAUGACAUUCUCGCUGCUUUGGAUGUCCACACUGCACACUGGAUUGUCGACAAGUGUCUCACCGGGCCUCUUGUCAAGGGACGGACUGUUCUCCUCGUCACGCAUAAUGUCGCCAUCGCCAGUCCUAUUGCCGACCAUAUCGUAUCACUGGACCUGGAUGGUCGUGUUGCCUCCCGGGCAUCUAUUGAAGACGCCCUUGCUAUGAACAAAGUACUUUCCCGUGAAGUAGCCGAGGAAGUCAACGUGAUAGAGAAGGGCGAGGACGACAUCGGUGCAAAACAGCUAGAUGAUGCCGUUAAGGCCGCUGCUGGCAAGUUAGUCGUCGAAGAGGAAAUCCAUGAAGGUCGCGUUAGUUGGGCAGCUCGCGUAAUGUAUCUGUCCAGCGUCGGUGGUUCGUGGACCAGAUUAUUUUGGCCCUUCUUCCUCGUGACCAUGUUCGCAACCCAUUUCACGAUGGUGGCACAGACUUGGAUUUUAGGGUGGUGGGCGAGUGCUUAUGACCAUCACUCGCCUAACGAAGUCAACGUCUCCUACUAUCUUACCAUCUAUAUGCUAGCCUUACUGUUGUGCCUCAUACCAUAUGUGUUGGGAAGCACCGCAUGGGUCUUCGGCUCUAUGGCAGCUGCAAGGACGAUUCACAAACGCUUGAUAACUUCUAUACUUGGCACAACUUUGAGAUGGCUAGACAAGACCCCGACCUCAAGGAUCAUCACUCGUUGUACUUCAGAUAUCAGCACCAUUGACCACGCUUUGCCAAUGCACGUCGAAAACUGGAUCGAGAGCACCAUUUACAUGUUCAUACGACUGGGAGCCGUAGUCGUACUCACGCCACAGUUCCUUCUCCCAGGUUUAUUCAUUUUCGCCGCGGGAAGCUGGCUAGCCCAGGUGUAUAUCAAGUCUCAGCUAGCGGUGAAGCGAGAAAUGAGCAACGCAAAAGCCCCAGUCAUGGGCCAUUUCGGCGCGGCCAUCGCUGGACUGAUUUCCAUCCGCGCUUAUGGCGCUCAGGACCUCUUUAGACAAGAAUCGUACAAGCGUAUUGACCGGUAUUCUAGAGCCGCCAGGACUUUCUACAGUCUCAGCAGAUGGGUAUGCGUACGCAUUGAUGCCCUUGCUGGAUUGUUUUCUUCUGGCCUAGCCGCCUACUUGGUAUACGGGCCUGGACACGCUGCCCGUUUGUCAUCAGAUACAGGGUUUUCUCUGACGAUGGCCGUCGCAUUCGGAGCUAUCAUUUUGGACUGGGUGUGGGUUCUGAAUGACGUCGAAAUUGACUGUGAUAGUCUUGAGCGUAUUCAGUCCUAUGUGGCCAUCGAGCAAGAACCAAAGCCCACGAAGGAAGGUGUUCCACCAGCUUACUGGCCAGCUAGCGGCGACCUUCGUGUGGAGAAUCUUUCGGCGCGGUACUCCACAGAUGGGCCAGUUGUUCUCCACGACAUAUCGUUCCACAUCAAAUCCGGUGAAAGAGUUGGUGUCGUCGGUCGUACGGGUAGUGGAAAAAGCUCCUUGACUCUUUCGCUCCUUCGCUGCAUCUAUACGGAUGGAAACGUAUACUAUGACGGUAUACCGACUGCUUCCAUCAAUCUCGACGCCCUGCGCACCAACAUCACCAUCAUCCCUCAGAUGGUUAGCGGCCUGAUACUAUUCUUUCUUAUUCACUCAUCAUUGCUUACUUAUGUCGAUGUAGCCCGAGCUUUUGAGGUGAGUCGCUCUAAGUCGCUUCGCGGUACUUUGCGAGAAAACCUGGAUCCGUUCCAAGAGUACGACGACGCCACAUUAAACUCGGCGUUACGCGCAUCGGGCCUAUUCUCAUUGCAAAUGGAGGACUCUAAGAAUGGAAUUAACCUCGAUACCAAAAUAUCGAGUGGUGGAGGAAACCUUUCCGUUGGACAGAAGCAGGUUUUGGCGUUGGCAAGGGCCAUCGUCCGCGGAAGCAAGUUACUCAUCUUGGAUGAAGCCACUUCUGCGAUAGAUUAUCAGACGGACUCCGUGAUUCAGUCAUCUCUGCGCCAUGAACUCAAGGGAGACAUGACAUUGAUCACUGUCGCUCAUCGGCUACAGACCAUCAUGGAUGCAGACAAGAUCAUGGUAUUGGACGCUGGACGAAUUGCCGAGUUUGAUACACCGAGUGCACUCUUGAAGAAGAAGGACGGCAUGCUGCGAAAAUUGGUAGAUGAGAGCGGAGACAAGGAGCGGCUCUACGCUAUGGCCAUGGGAGACCUGUGAUCAUGUCUUGUACUUACAUGUUGACUAUGUCGCUUUCUUCUCGAUCGCUAGGGAAGAAACACGCAUGUCAAACGCACGAUACAUCAUUAUCUUGAUUUC